AUGGACAUCUUUGAAUCGUCGAAGAUCCCACUGAUCAUCUUGUGGGUGAUUCUGUUCAUUCUCCAAAUUGGGAUAUUCAUCGUCUCUGUUAUAUCAUUCACAAUGCUUAGCGAUGAUAUCGGAAAUAUGGCAGAGUACCAAUCGGUCUUUAUUAGAUUCCCAUCAUCGUACUUCAUUCCAACGUUGGAAAUAGCAAUGCCGUACCAGAAGAAUGACGCAGAUAGUAACUGCCUCUCAUCAUUUGAGGCUCCACUUGCAUUCAUGUCAAUGAGUUUAUUGAACUUCAUGCACCUUGUUGGGAUAUAUUACUACGGAAAGUAUAAACCUGACGAACAACCCAAAGCGUCGGAUUAUAGUUUUGAUUGUGACGACUACAAACAGUUUGUGAAGGAAGGAUGUGAUAAAAAGGUGUACUGGUGUGAUGAGUAUAACCAUUCACAAGCCACAAGUACUAUUGGGCCACUUGUACAAUACUUAUUAUGUGGGUCAACUUCGAAAUGUACAACCCCAGUGAAACACAGUUUGAAGUAUAGAACCCCUAAUCUCGAGCCAAAAGAAAUCGACGUCCAAGGCGUUAGUGCGAUGAAUUCAACCCUUCUUGUGGAUGAAGCCAAACGAUUUAUGACGAUAUACCACCAACCCUUGUUACUCACAUUCGAUGACUUUAUGGAUAGAACGUAUGUAAAUUUGAAAGAAAGAGAUGGCUGUGAAAAUCACACCAUUCCAUGCAUUGACGACCUCUUCACGGAAUGUUGCUAUCAAGACACACCAAUUCGAACGUACGAUGGUAAUUAUCACCGACCUAAUGUACUCAUCUCGACGGGAAGAUUAAAAAGUGUCAUUGUUGUUGGGUGGGACGACGACUACCCGAUCCCAAGAAGUGACGAGAAAGGCGCUUUCAUAGUAAGAGACGAAGGUGCGUCGACCGGGCAUUCAUUACAAUAUUACAGCGACUCAAAUAGCACCCAAGUCAUAUUCUCAGCAGAAGACUUUACUAAUUGUCACAACGAACAUGCAUUCGUCCACUGGAAUGCCGAAACUAACUUGACGUAUAACGUGGACAACUACUUGAAGUACUUGUACAAAUUGCCAAAUGGUAUUACUGAGAAAACUGCAAGUGAGUGUCGAGUCACAUUCACUUCAGUGACAGAGAGAGACAACCAAGGACUGAUGGACGUCAACGUAGUAGCUUUUUGUGGUAAAGAAUCGUUUAAGUACAAAAUCAAUAAGGUGACCGACUCACUCAUAGAAGAAGUGUUCUACAAACCCGUCGAUGAGAGUCUCAAAAGCGAAUGUGGAUUUUAUGCGAUAGGAUAUAAUGUGAUUCAAAAUUAUUUCAAUAACCACUACGACACGUCAGAGAACCCAGUUGGAUUUUCAUUUAUCCAUUUGAAGUGGCCAGAUAACAAGAAGGACCUUAAGCGUAAAUAA